AUGUCUCAAUGUGAAGAAAAAACUGACUACAAAGUUAUUGUUGCAAGAUAUAAUGAAUCGGUGGAUUGGGUACACGAAUGGUUUGGCAAGGCGAAUGUAGUCGUUUAUAAUAAAGGACCUAUAUUGGUCGACAAGGAUUAUGAAGUAAUUUCAUUACCGAAUAUUGGUAGAGAAUCUCAUACUUAUCUUCAAUUUGUUAUUGAUAAUUAUGAUAAUCUGCCCGAGAUCUGCUUUUUUACACAAUGUAAUCUGGAUCAUUUUGAUGAUUUUGUUGCGAGAAAAGAAGAAAUUAAAGAUAUGUUUAUUAAUAUUGACAAGUGUUCAAAAAACACGAAAGAUGAUUAUUUAGGAGAAGGUCUAACAGAUGGUCGUAUGGAAUCAUGGAAAGGUAAAACGUUAGCGAGAUGUGAAUAUGAUUGCAUCACAUGGUUUAAGAAAUAUAUUAAUUCAGAUGCUGAUGUUAAUUGUGUUAAAAUAUUCUGGAAUGCAAUUUUUAGCCUUCGAAAACGUUACAUUUUAUCAAGAGAAAAACAAUUUUAUAUUGAUUUACAAAAGCAGUUAAACGCCAACAACCCAGAAGUCGGUCACUAUUUUGAAAGAUCAUGGUAUUAUAUAUUUAACCUGGAUAAAAAUAUAUAAGUGUGUCAAUGGUUGUUUCGAAUAACUGGAUGGACACAUCAAAAGACUCUUCCCUUCUUCCCUCCCCCCCCCCCCCCACCCACACAAUAAAAGACCUCCUAAAUGGAAAGCCCCCCUUGAACUCAUCUAACAACAUUUAAAAUAAAAGACCUUCUUCUAUUUUCACUUUUUUACUUCUAAAUCUUGUAAAAUCUUUAAAAACAUAUUUUCUAUUCAAAUAAAAGUUUUUUCCACCAAAAUGCGCAUAAAUGUACAAUACAUAGAGCAGAGAGAAAUGGCUACUCUACACGUGUGAUGAAACUCGUAACAUGAAUAGCUUUCUUUAUGGACACAAUGCAAGACCCUCCUAAAAACUUUAUUCCUGAAGACAGAAUAGAUGACCCGGGUCUUUUAUUGUGUCACUCCCUUUAUAACAAACGCAACAUUGAAUAACGGCGAGCUACUUGUCGGUAAUUUGUUUAUAUUUAAGAGAGGGUCCGCGAGACCAUCAUCCUGCUACUCCUCUCGAAAUUUUUAAAUUUCGAGUUUCUUUUGCCAUUUGAUAGACCAUAGUCUGAAAAGUUCAUAAUAAAAAUAUAAGACUCUCCGAUUGAGUUUGUAAGGAGCUAGAGCUGAAACAUUGAUAAGGUCUCUCACCAAGACCCUAUUUUUUGCUGAAAUUUAAUGAUCUCAGUAUUUUUGACUUUUCUCAGCAACAGUACAUUCGUUUAAGAUGCGGUUUGUUUCAAACGAUAGAGGAAAAAAUUCUUUACAGAACUGCUUAUAAAAGAUUAUUUUAUCACUCAUUUCCACCCUCCUAAAAGGUUUCCAUUAGGUAAAUUUGACCAGCAUCAUGGGUGAUUUUUCCAAGUAUUUCGACCCAACAGGUACUAGAGUAGGAAGACCCCACAAAGUUGAUUCUAUUUUCAGAAAGCUCAUGAAACACUGCAUCGAUCCUUAUAUAAAUGUCUGGAAAAAAAUUUGAGCGUAAGUUUUGCUCAGGGUCGCAACAAGGUGGGUCAGCAUCCUAAAAUCUAUAUUUUGUGAUAACGAACUGGUCAUGUUGCUCAUGGAAAAAUUAUUCAAUUUCGACUUCAAUUUUGCUUUCAAGAUUUCAAAAAGAACCUUGUAUGAUGACAUAUUAAAAUCCAAAAUAUCAACACUUUAUGAUGUAUUUAUGGAAUACCAGGAGGCUCACAUUGUCAUUUUCCUCGAAUCUAUGACUUUGCUAAACAUGACUUUUUCAAUCGUCCGUAUAUUUUGACUCAAUAAAAGGUGCAUGUUAACUAUACUAAUAUACAGUUUUGUAGAUCUCAUCAAGGACUACAAACUACAAUCAUUUUCUCUUGGUUUCGACCGAGUAAUGCCUGAGAACAUGAUUCUUUAUUAGGAUAGUACUUAGGGUUAUCCAAAAGUAGUGGGCCAGGUUCUUUUUUUUCUUAUAAAUAGCUAAAAAUAAAUUUCUUUUUUUACGAAUAGAUAGAGCGUCUUUCGCUCUAUCUUU